UCAGUUUAUUUUGUUUCGCUGUUUGUAAAAGUUAGACGACUCUCUUCUUCAAAAUUUACUGUAUAUUUAAGUUAAAAUUCUUCUAGAAUGAGUCGUCGCAAGCGUGCGAGGAUUGAAACUCGAGAGUUGGAUGAAAAGCUGAAGCAAGAUGAUUCGGAAUCGGAUCAGUCUGAAAAGAGUAAGGUCAGGUCUUCAAGUCCUACCUCUGUUAGUGGCCGUAGGGAGUCAUCUUCCAGCCGAAAUACUGAUAGCAAGGACAGUAAAAAUAAUGAGAAGCCGAUCAUUGAAGAAAUCAGAGCUGACGACAUUGAAGAGAUUAAUUACAAGGAAAUGCUCAACAGUUUGGAAGGAGCUGCAUUUCAAUCAAGACUGCCAUUUGAUAAGAUGUCAUCUCUAGAAGCAGAAUGUUUCUCAGACCUGCAGGGAUCAUCCAGUCUAACAUUUAUUCAGAUCAGGAACAGAAUAUUGAAGUUGUGGUUUGAAGACCCUAAGAAACAGCUGACUCAAGAGCUUGCUGUUCAGAAAAUGGAGACUCCGUAUAAUGGAGAUCCAGCAUUGGUGAUGAGGACUCAUGCUUUUCUUGAGAGACAUGGGUUUAUCAACUAUGGGAUUUAUGAACGCAUUACUCCCAUACCAAACCCACCUAAAGGGAAACAAAGACCGAAAGUUAUUAUUAUUGGUGCAGGAGUGUCGGGGCUUGCUGCGGCUCGGCAGUUGACGUCGUUUGGUUGUGAAGUGGUCAUCCUGGAGGGUAGAGACCGUGUCGGCGGUAGAGUUGUCACAUAUAGGAAAGGCCCAUAUGUGGCUGAUUUAGGAGGAAUGGUAGUGACAGGUCUGGGUGGCAACCCUGUUACCACUCUGUGUGUUCAAAUGGGCAUUGAACUGCAGAAAAUAAAACAGAAAUGUCCAUUGUAUGAGGCCACUGGCAACCAAGUGCCUAAACACAAGGAUGAGAUGGUGGAGCGUGAAUUCAACCGGCUUCUCGAUGCGACGUCCUACCUCUCCCAUCAAGUUGACUUUAACUAUUACAACGACAUACCCGUCUCAUUGGGGCAAGCUCUUGAGUGGGUUAUUAAGCUGCAACAGAAGAACGUUAAGCAUAAACAGAUUCAACACCUGAAAGCAUUUAUCACGAUGCAAGAGAAAAUGAAGUCCAAUCUCAACAAAAUGACAGACAUACAAGAACUAUUGAAAUCAAUGAAGGUAGAAAAAGACAAUUGUUUGGCUGAGCGCGGGAAAGGCGCGUCAGGUGACAACAGCAUACUGCAAGAGUUCAAUCUACGUCGUUUGAACCGCGAGAUGACCCAACUGUGCAACGAAUACGACUCCCUGGUCACACAGAACAAUGCCAUUGAGGAUAAAUUGACCCAGCUGGAAGCUAGUCCACCUAGCUCAGUGUACCUGUCGGUGCGCGACAGGCAGAUAUUGGACUGGCACUUCGCUAACCUGGAGUUCGCGAACGCGACGCCGCUCGGCAACCUGUCGCUCAAACAUUGGGACCAAGACGACGACUUCGAAUUCACCGGCAACCAUCUCACAGUUCGCAACGGCUACUCGUGCGUCCCGGUGGCUCUAGCGGAUGGCUUAGACAUUAAACUGGGCACUUCAGUCACUGAGAUCAAUUACGCCGGUCCCGGGGUCACGGUGAAGGCCAUCAAUCCCAGAGCUCCGAGCCAGCAGCAAGUAUAUAAAGGUGAUGUGGUUCUCUGCACUUUGCCACUGGGUGUUCUAAAAAUUGCGGUGGCCAACAAUGGACAAAAUCAACAGAACAAUGUUAAGUUCGACCCGCCUCUACCAGACUGGAAGGUGGCAGCGGUCAAACGCCUUGGAUAUGGCAACUUAAACAAAGUUGUUUUGUGCUUCGAACGGACAUUUUGGGAUCCAAGUGCCAACCUUUUUGGCCAUGUUGGUACUACAACAGCAAGUCGAGGCGAGCUCUUUCUCUUCUGGAACCUCUACAGUGCCCCGGUGCUUCUAGCGUUGGUCGCCGGGGAAGCGGCAGCAGUGAUGGAAAAUGUCACUGAUGACGUCAUCGUCGGCAGAUGUAUUGCUGUACUGAAAAGCAUUUUCGGGCAUGCUGCGGUGCCGCAACCGAAGGAGUGUGUCGUCACGAGAUGGCGCGCGGAUCCAUUUGCUCGUGGCUCGUACAGCUUCGUUGCAGUCGGGUCGUCGGGUACUGACUACGAUCUGCUUGCAGCCCCAGUGCCUGGUGCUGACGGGGAGAAUCGUCUGUUCUUUGCUGGUGAACACACGAUGCGUAACUACCCGGCAACAGUGCAUGGCGCGUUUCUGUCAGGCUUGAGGGAGGCAGGUCGGCUGGCCGAUCUCCUCUUACCCCAGCCUCCGAUCACAAACGCCAGCGUCGCAGCCGCCACCGCCGCUGCCAAUCACGCUUCUUAAUAAUACCUACUUAUAUUUUAAAACAAUACAGGUGGACCACGAAUAAAGUCCAACUACCUCAAAAAUCGCCUUAGCAACGAAUACUCCAGUGCAUAUUUAAAACUUUAACGAACAUGUCAAAUUUGACAGCUAACACGCAGCAGCCAUUGACGUCAAAUUAAUCAACCAAUAACAACGCACGGUUUAAUCGCUACCCGCCCUAUUGGCUGAUUACUCAUGCGUCAAAAACCGUACACUGUCACAGAAUAAAAAGUAGUGUUCGAGCAUUUACCGAACGUUGCAUUAAUAUCGAUUCUCAGUGCGAUACACUAAGUAAUAACAAUUUGUCAUAUCCUGUUCGUGUUCACCUUAAACUUCAAUUAGUACAAUUUACUUUAUUUUUAAUAAUCCAAUAAAACUCAAUUAUUGGUCUCAUUGCAUAAUUAUAUCUAUUUUAGUGUUCAAUCUCUAUUUUAUGUGCUAAAAUUGAAACUUAUUUUAAUUGGCUAUUGUAUGAAAUUAUUUCGACUAUAACUGUAAAAAAUACAGUAUAUUAGACUGAUAAACGAUAUAGGAAUUGAAUUAAGCGUAAAUUUAGAUACUUUUUACUCAUAUUAUGAUGUCAUAGCUGUUGCAUGUAAGGAUAAUGAAAUAUGAUGGAUGAAAUGACACGCCCAAUUUCAUGAAUUUGAUUCGCAGUGAACUUUAUUUUUACAGCUUGUCAUACAUUGUGAUAAGGUACAAUAAACGAUUUUAAAAAUUC